AUGAAGCGUCUGCUGCGUGGUUCUGUUCGCUCCCCCUCUUCCUCCAAGCGAGAAGAGGUGACCUUCACAGAGGACGGCUGGGCUCGGGCUGCGAGCAGCACUGGCUACAGCUACCCUGCUGACGCAGCAGCGGGUGCUGCAGCAGCAGACUAUGCAGCAGCAGAACAUGGAGAAGCAGCAGCAGCUGAAGAUUAUUUCUCUGAAGGGGAGUAUGCAGAGAAGGAAACAGAAGGAGAAAGAGUAGACCAUAUCAAUGGCUACACAGAAGAGGACCUGAAGGAGUGGGGGGAGGAGGACGAGGCUGGGGUGUAUGAUGGGGUGUACAGACACGAAGAAGAUGAGGGAGAGGCUGCAGAAGAGCCAGCUUAUGAAGAAGGGUAUGAGGGCUAUGAAGCAGGAGAAGCAGAAGAAGCAGAAGAAGAAGAAGAAGAGGAUGAAGAAGGCUUAAGAAUUUGUCUAGAUAAGUGGGUACCUGACCCUGAUGCAGAAGCAGGAGAAGAUGUAUUACGUGAGACAACACCCAAUGCAUGCACUGUAUGCGGUACUGUGGCGGAUGCGGAGACAGUGGAGAAAUAUAUAACAUUUGAAACAGCUUAUGCUGAGCGGCUUGACGAGACAAACAAAGAAGAUAUGCGUGAUGCAGAGAUGGUAUAUGAACAGGCAUCGAGGGUAUUCACAAAACACUGGAUUCUAUUUCAGCUCGACACCAUCUUGUUUGAGGGCUACCGAGCUGCAGGCGACUAUGAGUCGGCGUACGUACACCAGAUGCACCGCCUGGAAUAUGUUACUUCAGUGUUGCCUCUGCCUUCGUAUUCUCUUGCUUGGCUGUACGAGGAGAUGGGGGAUGUUCUGUGGUCGCGGAUACAGGCGAAGGGAAAGCCGUUUGCUGAUAGCCGUUUACGUUUAGCUGGAAGGCAUUUUGAAGAUGCAUAUAAUCUGCUGUAUAUACUCUGCGGCCCUGAACAUGAAUACACAGCAGCAGCAGCAACAAAACGCAACGAAAUAGAUGAACUUAUCACAGAGGUUUAA